AUGGAAACACCCACCCUCCUCCUCCUCACCACCCUCACCAUCCUCCUCCUCCCCCUCCUCUUCUCCCCCAAAGCCACCCAGAUCCUCAAACACAACCUCAACCUCCUCCGCCACCACCACCCCAAACCCACCACCAUCCACUCCCUCUACAUCUACCCCAUUAAAUCAUGCCGAGGGAUCCGUCUCCCCCAGACAACCCUACACAAGCACGGCCUCUCCCUCGACCGCCGCUGGAUGUUCAUCGACGCAAAAACCAACCAAUUCCUUACCAUCCGACAAGACUCGCGCAUGACACUCAUCACAACAGCCCUUUCCGCGGACUCCUCCCACCUGCUCAUCUCCAUCCCUUCCUUCUCCAAGGACAAGGAAAUCUCCCUCCCGACAAACCCUACUCCCGAUUGGCUCGCGCAACAUACUACCCUCGAACACGUCACGAUCUGGGACACAGUAACGGAUGCGUAUGCGUACGGACCUGACGUCAACGCCCUAUUCUGUGAAUUUCUCGGCCGAGAGGUGAAGCUAGUAUAUAAGGGCCCUGAGCGCCGCAUUCUGCGCGGGAACGGCGCCCCCGAGAUUCUGGGUAGAGAGCAGGAUACGUAUUUCCCGGAUGUGCAUCCGGUGUUGAUUGCUUCGGCGGCGUCGAUUGAGGAGUUGAAUGCGAGGUUGGUGAAGGAUGGGAAUGAGGCGAUUACGAUUGAGAGGUUUAGGCCGAAUAUAGUGGUUACGGGGGAUGUGCCGUGGGAGGAGGAUUCGUGGAAGGUUGUCAGGAUUGUAGGGAAUGGUAAGGAUGGGAAGGAGGGAAAUGGGGCAGUGGAGUUAGAUGUCGUGGCUAGGUGCGCGAGAUGUCAGGUUCCGAAUGUUGAUCCUGAUACGGCGGAGAAGCAUCGUCGGCAGCCGUGGGAUACGCUUAUGAAGUAUCGCCGUGUGGAUGAGGGGAUUAAGUUCAAGCCUUGUUUUGGGAUGUUGAGUGCCCCGAGGCAGGAGGGGAGGGUCGAGGUGGGUAUGGGGUUUGAGGUUGUGGAGGUUACGGAUGGACAUCGGUAUAUUAAGGGUUUUUGA